AUGGACGCCGAUGGCCUGGGCCCGCCCGUUGACGACAUGGAGCCUCUGGCGCCCCCGGCUGCAGCGAGCGACGCAGCCAAUGGCACCGGCAAUGAAGAGAAUGGGACCGCCGUGGGCACGCUGAGCUACGUGGCAUCGAUGGUGUUCGCGCGGAAGCCCGUGGAACUGUACCGCGCGAUGACGGUCUCGCGGCGCGGAACCAUGGAGGGCGGGACGGGCGAGCUGGAGCCGGCCGCGGCCCCACAGGGGCUGGAGCCAUCGCGGGACGUCGAGCAGCAGGGUGUGGCCAGCCCCGCAGCCGCCAAGUUUCAGAAGGCCGGCAACCGGGUACUUUCGAUGCUGUCGUUCCGGCGGCACGCGAGGGCCCUGGGGGACUCCAGCGUGCGGGGGGCGGACCGCCUGGCGCACGUCGUCGCGCUGGAGGCCAAGCUGGCGCACCACCCCAGGAAGGACCAGAUCCUAAUGCAGCUGAAGAAAUGGCAACACCGAGACUACAAGAGUUUUGGAGACCGCAUGGCCAACGAGCUGUUCGUACUUGGGGAGAGAAUAUUUCUUCUUUUUACCCCGAAGGAACUGAACAACCACGAUCUCAUCUACACCUGGAUAUUUUUUUUGUUCCUUGUUGUGCCCUUCUUCUACAUGGCUGGAGAAUUUCCACGGUGGCUGGACCAGCCCAACUUGACUAUGGACCUGGAACUCGUUCGAGACAACCUGCGCAAACUCGGGCCUGAUGCACUCAUCCGCUGGAUCUUCAAUCGAGGCGACAGAUUCCAGUUCGCAUCCAAUUAUCUCAUACUUUGGGGUGGAAGAUAUAUUCCAGAUAUGGAGCGCGGGGCGGAUGUGUACCGAUGGAUAACGUCCCUGUUGAUCCACCAGGACUUCGCCCACCUUCUCAACAACUCGAUCAUUUUCCUCCUGUUCUCCACGCACCUCGAGCACAAGUAUGGCACAAUACGAAUAGGGGCACUGUCCUUCUUUGCUGGAAUAGGUGGAAAUUUGCUGAGUGCGGCGUUUGAAAACGUUUGCGCUGUGGUGGUGGGUGCGAGCGGAUGCUGCUUUGGUCUGCUGGGGCUGUUCGUGGCAGACAUGGUGCUGAACUUCGAGCAGGUCACUUUUCCAAUCUUGAGAAUUUUCUUCUUGCUGCUCAUGCUGGCGAUGACCUUUAUCACGCUUUUCCAGGAGGGGAACACAUCCCACCUUUCACAUGCUGGUGGAUUUUUGGCUGGCCUGUUUCCGAGCUUUGUGUUUCUGCCCAAUCUCCAUCAAGCAAAGUGGGAGGCGAUUUUGCCUUACCUCGGGUUUGCGAGCAUGCUGUUCUUCUACCUGGUCCUUCCCAUCUACGUCUACUCCGACAUCAUACCGAACAACAACUGCUGA